ACAAUAUUCACGCCAUAAAAUGGUGCUUAAUAAAAGUUGAUUUAUUGGUUGAUUGGCCUACUACCUCUUCUUUCUGUUCUAGGGAAACCAGAACAACAUGAUUUGAACAUCUUUUACUUCUUCAGAAGAAAUAAAGAGUGAGGACUGCCAAACUGUAACACUUUCCACAUUGCUGGCUUAUUUUAAAUUGAUACAGAAUUUGUGAUGGCCAUAGAAGUUGUCCUUGAGAUGAUGAGUAUGGUGAUGAAGUAAAAUGUAAGUCAUACAUAUAUUGCUUAAUUCAAAACAUUGAACAGGAUUGUUAGAGUUAAUGUAAGCUAGACAUUGUUUUGAGUUCAUGUUUAACUUCUCAAACAGAUUGUCUAGGAAAGCUUCUCUUGAAUAUCAAAGCCUACAGAACUCAUGGUAAAUUUGAAAAUACAUUAAGACACUUUUACUGUAACUCCCACGAGCAUCUACGAAUAACUAGAGCAUCAGGAAACAUGUAAAUAUAGGAGAUGAGUUUAGGAGAGGUGAAGAGUGCUUGCUCUCUAGAUAUCCUAAGAUCUCAGGGUGGAGGGUAUUGGUUUGUUUUCCAUUCAUCUGCGGGUCGCUGAUUAGAUUCAGCACGCUGGCCAGCUCCCCGUCAACCGGAUUUAUUGGCCUAAGUAAAAGGAGCUGGGGGGAGGAGGAAGGCACCAUCUGCCGCUUUGAAUAAAUAGAUAACCAGAAACUGGGAUGAAGACAGUGUGACUGUGCAUUAGAUGUUGAUGCCGCUGAUUUUGAGUGGUGUCUGUCUAAUCUCGGGGUCCCCAUUCCUCCACCCAGGUUUUACAGCAAACCACAAAGGAGAAAGGUCUGAACAACCAGAAACCCUUCUAUUUCUCUGAUAGGCUCACAUUAUCAGAAAGUGUUCCCAGUUGUUGGAAUUAAAGAAUGCUCAUCAUAGCUUUCCCGGGGAAGGCAAGGGCGAGGGUUCGACUUAAAUAGCUGAGCUGCGUGGUCAGGACACCACUCCGCUCAAAAGGUGAUUUUUAUGUUGAUGAGAGCUGGCUGGAAUCAGAGUUUACAUUGGUGGGAAAACACACUGCCCAGCUAGCUACUGUCCCCACGCCCCAGAUGUAAAGAAGCCUGGAGAAAUGAGGUAGAUUCUUUCCUGUAAGGGAUCUCGCAGGCUUCCUUUUAGUGAGACUUCUGGAUUUGGCGUCGCUAAACAGACAGCCCACUCUUCGCUAAGAAGUCAGCACUGGUUUGCCCAUUUCUUCCUCCCCCAAGAACUUUUUGUCCGCGGGAGGGGGAGACAGGUGGAAGCAAUGAGAGCUGGAUAUCAAGUAGAAAAUUAUCCACAAAGGGGAGGGGGUGAGUAGGGUGCGAAUGCGUUACGGUCAGAACUGAAGCUCAGAGACGUCGGGGGCGCUCCGCGCUCUCCCCACCCUAGCCCUCCGCAGCCACCCUUUACGCCGCGGACACGGGAGAGUUAAGCCAAUAAACACGUAAGCGCCGCUCCCUCCCCAAUCGGCAAGAUGCCUCUUCGGCUCUUGGCUGCAUCCACCGCUUGCAACACUCGGCAUCUUUUCUGGAGGCGCCUUCUUCAGCGGCUGCAGAAGGCAUCCGGCUGCGGGCUCGAGGCUCGCAACUGAUUCUUCCCCUUGCCAACCUCGGGUCCACGGACGCUCCUCUCCCUUCCCCUCCUCCCUUCGAGCUCCUGUGUCGGAGCCCAGCUCCAGGUCGUCGGGCGGAGAAAGCAGUCGCGGCGGGCGGCCGAGGUUGAGCAGCAGCGCUCCCGCUGCCUAAUUUGGGAAGAAGCGCCCAUCCCGGAGAGCCGACCUCCAGCUGCCUCCAGCGCCCCCCAUCUUUUGCACCCCAAGCCCGGUGCUCCAGGGACCCCUCUCCCCAGGCGCCACCAUGCUGGACCCUUCGUCCAGCGAAGAGGAAUCGGAUGAGAUUGUGGAGGAAGAAAGCGGCAAGGAGGUGCUCGGCUCGGCCGCGUCCGGCGCGCGCCUAUCACCCAGCCGCACCAGCGAGGGCUCUAGCGGCGGCGGCGCCGGGCUUGCGGGCGGCGGCGGGGCCGGCGCCGGGGCCGGAGUGGGCGCCGGCGGCGGUGGGGGCAGCGGCGCGAGCGGCAGCGGCGGGGCCGGGGGGCUGCAGCCCAGCAGCCGCACGGGUGGUGGCCGGCCCUCCAGCCCCAGCCCGUCGGUGGUGAGCGAGAAGGAGAAGGAGGAGCUGGAGCGGCUGCAGAAGGAGGAGGAGGAGAGGAAGAAGAGGCUGCAGCUGUAUGUGUUCGUGAUGCGCUGCAUCGCCUAUCCCUUCAACGCCAAGCAGCCCACCGACAUGGCUCGCCGGCAGCAGAAGAUCAGCAAACAGCAGCUACAGACAGUCAAGGACCGGUUUCAGGCUUUCCUCAAUGGGGAAACCCAGAUCGUGGCUGACGAAGCCUUCAUGAAUGCUGUCCAGAGUUACUAUGAGGUGUUCCUGAAGAGUGACCGUGUCGCUCGCAUGGUACAGAGUGGGGGCUGCUCCGCCAAUGACUCCCGGGAGGUCUUCAAGAAGCACAUUGAGAAGAGGGUGCGCAGCCUGCCCGAGAUCGAUGGCCUCAGCAAAGAGACUGUGCUGAGCUCCUGGAUGGCCAAGUUUGAUGCCAUCUAUCGUGGGGAAGAGGACCCCAGGAAGCAGCAGGCCCGGAUGACAGCCAGUGCAGCCUCUGAGCUAAUCCUGAGCAAAGAGCAACUCUAUGAGAUGUUCCAGAACAUUCUUGGGAUCAAGAAGUUCGAGCAUCAGCUCCUGUACAAUGCCUGCCAGCUGGACAAUCCAGACGAGCAAGCAGCCCAGAUCAGACGGGAGCUGGAUGGACGUCUCCAAAUGGCAGACCACAUAGCCAGGGAACGCAAAUUUCCCAAGUUUGUAUCCAAAGAAAUGGAAAACAUGUACAUUGAGGAGCUGAAAUCAUCCGUCAACCUGCUCAUGGCCAAUUUGGAAAGUAUGCCAGUGUCCAAAGGUGGCGAAUUCAAGCUUCAGAAACUCAAACGCAGCCACAAUGCUUCCAUCAUCGACAUGGGUGAGGAGAGUGAGAACCAGCUCUCCAAGUCGGAUGUCGUGCUGUCUUUCUCCUUGGAGGUGGUGAUCAUGGAGGUCCAAGGACUCAAAUCCUUGGCUCCAAAUCGCAUUGUAUAUUGCACAAUGGAGGUAGAAGGAGGAGAGAAACUACAGACUGACCAGGCUGAGGCUUCUAAACCAACCUGGGGCACCCAGGGUGACUUCUCAACGACCCAUGCACUGCCCGCCGUGAAGGUGAAACUGUUCACAGAGAGCACAGGAGUCCUGGCCUUGGAGGACAAGGAGCUUGGACGUGUUAUUCUCCACCCCACCCCGAACAGCCCCAAACAAUCAGAGUGGCACAAAAUGACAGUCUCCAAAAACUGCCCUGAUCAAGACCUCAAAAUCAAACUUGCUGUCAGAAUGGAUAAGCCUCAAAACAUGAAGCAUUCUGGGUAUUUAUGGGCCAUUGGUAAGAAUGUCUGGAAGAGAUGGAAGAAAAGGUUUUUUGUAUUGGUGCAGGUCAGUCAGUACACAUUUGCCAUGUGCAGUUACCGGGAGAAAAAAGCAGAGCCUCAGGAGCUUCUACAGUUGGAUGGCUACACUGUGGAUUACACUGACCCCCAGCCAGGUUUGGAGGGCGGCCGGGCCUUCUUCAAUGCAGUCAAGGAAGGCGACACCGUGAUAUUCGCGAGUGAUGAUGAACAAGAUCGCAUCCUGUGGGUCCAAGCCAUGUAUCGGGCCACUGGACAGUCACACAAGCCUGUGCCCCCAACCCAAGUUCAGAAACUCAAUGCCAAGGGAGGGAAUGUGCCUCAGCUGGACGCCCCCAUCUCCCAAUUUUCCGGACUGAAGGACGCAGAUAGAGCUCAAAAACAUGGCAUGGACGAAUUUAUCUCUUCCAACCCCUGUAACUUUGACCACGCUUCCCUCUUUGAGAUGGUGCAACGCCUUACUUUGGAUCACAGACUUAAUGAUUCCUAUUCUUGCCUGGGGUGGUUCAGUCCUGGCCAGGUGUUUGUCCUAGAUGAGUACUGUGCCCGAAACGGAGUCCGAGGGUGUCACCGACAUCUCUGCUACCUCAGAGACUUGCUUGAACGGGCAGAAAAUGGCGCCAUGAUUGACCCCACCCUCCUUCACUACAGCUUUGCCUUUUGUGCAUCCCAUGUCCACGGGAACAGGCCCGAUGGAAUUGGAACUGUGACGGUGGAAGAAAAGGAACGUUUUGAAGAAAUCAAAGAGAGACUCCGAGUUCUGUUGGAAAAUCAGAUUACACAUUUUAGGUAUUGCUUUCCAUUUGGUCGACCUGAAGGUGCUUUAAAAGCUACUCUCUCACUCUUGGAAAGGGUUUUGAUGAAAGAUAUCGUUACCCCAGUGCCACAAGAAGAGGUAAAAACAGUCAUUCGUAAAUGUCUAGAGCAGGCUGCUUUAGUCAACUAUUCUCGGCUAUCAGAGUAUGCCAAAAUUGAAGGGAAAAAGAGAGAAAUGUAUGAGCAUCCUGUCUUCUGCUUGGCCUCCCAAGUGAUGGAUUUAACCAUUCAGAAUCAAAAGGAUGCAGAAAAUGUAGGCCGGUUAAUCACUCCUGCCAAAAAGCUCGAAGACACAAUACGUCUUGCCGAACUAGUGAUUGAAGUUCUUCAACAGAACGAGGAGCACCACGCAGAGGGGAAAGAGGCCUUUGCGUGGUGGUCAGACUUGAUGGUGGAGCAUGCCGAGACGUUCCUGUCACUCUUUGCAGUGGACAUGGAUGCAGCGUUAGAAGUGCAGCCCCCAGACACAUGGGACAGUUUUCCACUGUUUCAGCUGCUGAAUGAUUUUCUCCGUACCGAUUGCCGGGGCUAUAUUGCCACUGUGAAAAGGAGUUUAACCAGUAACCUACCCAAUGUGAACCUACCCAAUGUGAACCUUCCCAAAGUACCAAAUCUACCAGUUAACAUCCCUCUAGGCAUCCCACAAAUGCCUACUUUUUCGGCACCGUCAUGGAUGGCUGCUAUAUAUGAUGCUGAUAAUGGAUCAGGCACUUCAGAAGAUCUGUUCUGGAAACUCGAUGCCCUUCAGACCUUCAUUAGGGACUUGCACUGGCCGGAAGAAGAGUUUGGAAAGCACCUGGAACAACGGCUAAAGUUGAUGGCAAGUGACAUGAUUGAAUCUUGUGUCAAAAGAACCAGGAUUGCAUUUGAAGUUAAGCUGCAAAAAACCAGUCGAUCAACAGAUUUUCGAGUCCCACAGUCAAUAUGCACCAUGUUUAAUGUUAUGGUUGAUGCCAAAGCUCAAUCAACAAAACUUUGCAGCAUGGAAAUGGGCCAAGAGCAUCAAUACCAUUCAAAAAUAGAUGAACUAAUUGAAGAAACUGUUAAAGAAAUGAUAACACUCUUGGUUGCAAAGUUUGUUACUAUCUUGGAAGGAGUACUGGCAAAAUUAUCCAGAUACGAUGAAGGGACUUUGUUUUCUUCUUUUUUGUCAUUUACCGUGAAGGCAGCUUCCAAGUACGUGGACGUACCUAAACCUGGGAUGGACGUGGCCGAUGCCUAUGUGACUUUCGUCCGCCACUCUCAGGAUGUCCUUCGUGAUAAGGUCAAUGAGGAGAUGUAUAUAGAAAGGUUAUUUGAUCAAUGGUACAACAGCUCCAUGAAUGUGAUCUGCACCUGGUUGACUGAUCGGAUGGACUUACAGCUUCACAUUUAUCAGUUGAAAACACUAAUUAGGAUGGUAAAGAAAACCUAUCGAGAUUUCCGAUUGCAAGGGGUCCUGGACUCCACCUUAAACAGCAAGACCUAUGAAACCAUCCGGAAUCGUCUUACUGUGGAGGAAGCCACAGCGUCAGUGAGCGAGGGUGGGGGCCUGCAGGGAAUCAGCAUGAAGGACAGCGAUGAGGAAGAUGAAGAAGACGAUUAGAAAGCUCGGACCAGGAGUCCUUUAGAACGGAGCCCCGUAGUCAAUGCAUGUCCUUAGUCUGUUAGUUAACCCCAGUAGGGAAUUUUUUGUCCACUACCAUGCCCAUGAGAUGUUUACCAAUGCAGCUGCCAUUGUAGCCAUGUGAUACCAAGAUUAGCAAAUGACCUUCGAAUCCACUGAUUUCCUGAUUCCGUGUCUACAUGUUUACAAGCAAUAUGGAGCACCAUUCUUUAAAUACUGCCCAUGGAAAAUGCAUAGUCCAACUGCAAGCGUGUCCUUAUUAUCAACAAAGUUAAACGAUGCUUCAUUAACAUCCCAUGUAUGCACUGAUGGUGAAUGGAGGUGAGGGCUAGUACACUAAGUACUUUCACUCCUUUGUUUCAUGAACGUGGAUGCCAGGUAUUUAUAUUAGUACAAUAAAUCGAUUAAAUGAAGGCACAUAGCUCUGCUGUGUGUUUUGAAAAAAAAAAAAAAAAGGCAAGGCUCCAACAAUGAACUUUUGGUUCUUUAUGUUUCCCUAAAACUAAAAAAAUGAAUCCCUGGCAUCCUCAUUAGCCCACCCUUUCAUUUAUUCAUGUAGUUAGCCAAAAAAAGGGUGGCUACGUACCAAUGGAUUGAUCCUCUCAAUUGCCCCAGCAAGGCUGAUCCUAUCAUGACUCAGCAUAAAGCACAGUUCAAGCAACUGUUUUCUGUCAAAGUUUAUCCUAUUAAAUGUUAUAUUUUGCUUUCAUGUUUCAAUAACUGUGUAUGUAAAAAAAAAAAAAACCUGAAUAUUAAAAUUACAACCCUAGACUAUAAAUGUGUUUAUAAUGAGAUGUGGAUAUUUCCUUCAGUAGAUUGUAACCAUAACUUAAAUUAUUUUGUCCCACACUGUUUUUUAUACCUGUCAUGUACAUUGCAUUUUGAUCUGUAACUGCACGACCCUGGGGUCCUCUGCAGAGCCGUUUCUUUCUGUGUAAAGUAGUGGAUCCAUCUUGCUUUUGCCUUAUAUAAAGCCUACAGUUAUGGAAAUGUGGAAAACUGUGGCUUCUCAAUAAAUAACUAUUCCAAUGUCCUAAGAA